AUGUGUACGUACACAGUUCUUCUUCCAUAAUUUUCCUGGACACGGAGUACCCCUUCACAUAACCCCCCGUUGUUUUGGCUGGUGCGUUUGAUUAUUCAAAAUGGGGGCUUUAAAUAGUCGAAGAGAGGCCAGGGUGGAAGAGGUGGACAUGCCGACUAAUAAUGCCUACAAAUACCCACCCAAAGUUGGUAACUACUUUGGUAGUCAUUUCAUCAUGGGAGGGGAACGCUUUGAUGUAAUGCAACCAGAAGCAUAUCUGUUUGGAGAAAGUACUGAUUUGAACUUUCUCGGAAGUAAACCUAUACCAUUUCCCUAUCCUGCUCCUCAACCAGGAGAGCCAACAAAGACCCUUCGCAGCUUGGUCAACAUAAGAAAAGAUUCCUUGAGAUUGAUAAGAGUGACUGAGGAUGGUGUGGAGGCCUCCGAGAAAGGCUCUAUAGGUGGUUCAUCAGCUCCUAGUUUAGCAGAAGGGAGUGAUGGAAGAAAAGAAGACGGCACAAACAGUGAGGAGUGUGCUGGCAGUCCAAAAUAUAACAUUGAGUUCACUUUUGAUUCUGAUGUGAAAUGUGCAGUUACAGUCUAUCAUUUUGCCACUGAGGAAAUCACUAAUGGACAGGCUGUAUACUAUCCCAGGGAUCCUAGUAUGAACUCUGAAACCUUCCACUAUAAACGUGGUGCCAACCAAGUCUUCAGUCAAUCCACACACAUUAUACAGCCCAGUGCAUUCCCAGAGGAGGAUUGGCAGUAUGUCCCAGAGAAGGAUAUCAUACCUAUUGUUAUACACUGUGUGGUUGAAGAUGAAGAUCACAUUGGUCAUGCCCAUGUCACAUUUGCUGUGCUUGAGAAGACGUGUGAUGGUUAUGUCAUCAAGACUCUGAAACAGAAACAAAUGGUGGACGGAUUGUGCUAUUUGCUUCAGGAAAUCUAUGGCAUUGAGAACAAAACAACUCGCUCAAAGCUUGAGACUGAAGAGGAAGACUGGGAGGACAACGGGUCUGAGUGUGUCAUUUGUAUGUCUGACAUGAGAGACACCCUGAUCCUGCCCUGUCGUCAUUUGUGUCUGUGUAAUAAUUGUGCUGAUUCUCUGCGCUACCAAGCCAAUAACUGUCCCAUUUGUAGGGCUCCUUUCCGAGCCUUGCUGCAAAUAAGAGCAUUAAGGAAGAAACAUUCCGGUUGUCAUGCACAGAGCCAGGAAUCGGAGGAAUUCCCUGUGAGCCAAGAAGGUGUUCCACCUGGUUAUGAGGCCAUCAAUUUAUUAGAAGCUCUUAAUGGCCCCUUGAAUGGCCCCAUUGUAUCUACAGAAGAGCCUGGGAGCACCAUGGGAGCCACAGCAGGUCCUCCACCUCCAGUUUUUGGAAGUCCCCCUCUUGCCACAGCCAUGAAUGAGAAAAGAGAACAUAGCAAAAGACGAGUUUCUGAAGGCAUUGAUCAUGAAACACUGUUGGAAGAAUCUGAGACUGAGGCCACCAAGGGUGAUCCCGAGGAGGUCCACAGAGGGGGGACCCCAGAAGUUGUUUUGAUGGUAGAUCUUCCAGAACCUGUCAAACCUCCUGCAGCAGAAGGAAGGAAAAAGAAAAGAUCAAGCAAAGAAAAGAAGAAGGUCUCUCCGACCAUACCUGACAUGCCUCGGACUAAACAGGACUCCUUGGAAGUGGUAGAUGAAACCCUGAAAGAAGAGACUGGUUUGAAAGAAGAGCCACAGAGUCCUCCCCUGGGAGCAGCUAUUGGUGAGGAGAGUGAGGAGAAAGAUGGGAACAGCAAUCCCCAGACACAGGAUUCUAAUGCUAGCACACCUGAAGACACUGAAUACCCAGAAGAAGCAAUGGGGGCCGCGAAGGAACUGUCAAGUACAGUGAAUGUGAUACCAGAUCAGGAUGAGAAUGUGUUUGAGGACAAUGAAGACCAGACUUUGGUAGUCCAUGAUGGAGCCCUGGUGGAACCCCUGUCUCUCCCAGGCACCCCUUGCGUCACUGAUGACUCCAGCUAUGGGAGCACGUCCAGUAGUAAGGCACUUAUCACAGGCUCCCAGAGAGAAGACAGAGAGAAAUCCUGUUAAAAUGAAACAGCCCAUGCUUUUACUGUGGACUAUUAUAUAUUAUAUGUUUUGCUACAUGUGGAAUUAAUGUAGAUGACAAAUUAAAUCAAAUUGCGGCCCUAAUUGUUGUAUGGAUGCUUGAAAGCUACAUACAGAGACUGAAGAGGCUUGAAAUUUUUUUUCUCCAGGUUAAGAUCUCUCGGAAACAGAGUCAUUGUGAUUGUUUAGAUAUGUUAACUGUGUGGCCGGGAAUGGCCUGUAAUAUAAGAAUUUAUGAGACUGUUAAUCGGUAUCUCUGGAUAUGUAUCUGUCCCUGCUUUGUUCUUCCAUGACACAAGAGAAAGGUUGCAUCCUGUGUACAGCUUCCAUGUCAAGCUUGGUCCAGACCAUUGUUGUGUGCAUGAUAGAAGAUGGCUGUAUUAUUGUCAGGUGUUAUAUGUCAGUUACAUCAGCAGCGAUCAUAUUUUGUCACGAAAAAAAGCAGUCUGAACUACUCUGAAGCUAGGUUUAUAUCUGUUUUAACAAUGUCUUAGUCAUGACUACAGGAAGUGGUUCCCUUAUUACAAUCCCUUCUUUAAAACCCACCUACUGUUUAUUUUGCUGGCAAAGUAAGCUACGGACUAAAAAGGGAUUGCAUGAUCUUUUUUGAAUGGCAAUUCAAUAUCAACUUCAGUGAGUUAUGAAAAGGUGUUUCUCUUAAAACUGAUUAGAAUGCAGUUACUUAAUUUGACUUACUCUCCAUCAGUCUCACUAAGGCAUUCUUUCCAGCAGGUAAUUUUUUUUCUUGUGUCAUACUCCCCAUUACUCACAAAACAGAUAGAAACCUUUUUCUUUGGGCUACAUGCCAUGUGCAUUGUCACUUGAUUGCAGUCAGCACUUGCUUUUCUUCAACUAUUUUAACUGAAGUGUGCGCAUUAUGUGGUCUCUGACAGAAAAAAGGUAAACUUGUGACUAGAUAUUUGUAUGACCCAUGCAAGGUAAAGGCGUAGGAUGGUUUUGGAAGCUUAGAAGACGGUGUGAUAGGCACUUGUCAUAUCUGUUCCUUUUUUUCUUUUCUUUUUUUUUUUCUUGUUUUUUAAUUAGAAUUUAGCAAUACAUAUUGCUGAAUAUAAUACACAGUUUCAUACUAUGAGCAACUGGUUUGUUAUAUGUUAUUCCAAAAUGGCACUCACUCUUAGUUUUAAAGAAAAGGUUUUGUGGUUUGUGAAUUGUCUUUCAUUGUUUAAAGUUAAAAGUGUAUGGCUAAUACUGUGAUAUCAGCAUUGUUUAUAUAUAUUAAGACUAGUCUCAUCAAAACUGGUGAUGCUUAGAUUAUGGACAGAAAUUAAGGGACCUAAAUUGGAUGAUGAAAAUUAAGUUCUUUUGUUAAAACUUAAGUCCUUGGAGUUUAUUUAUUUAUUUAAAUAUUAUAUGAGCAGUUAGUUAAGGUAGGACAAAUGCAGACUGCAAAAUAAUGUAUGUAUGUAAUGAUUGGAUAGCUGAAAAUACUGCAGAAUUUUUGUGCAAUAAAUUAGAUAACAUCUUUGGGCUGUUUUGGCAGUAAUUAUAUACUGUUUUGCCACUCACAAUGCUGUACAGAUUUCUCUCCGAGACCAUGAAAAAUGAUUGUAAAGAUUUUCAAAUAAGUUUCAUUUAUAUCUCUUGUUCAUGAUGUAGUGAAAUGUCACAGGAUGUAAAGGCAAACCAACAUAAAUGGUGAACAAGACUGCUGCAUUAGAAAGUUUAUGGUGCUUCAUGACUUUUAUCCAGAUUUUGCUAAGUUUUAACUUGUUCAUUAACCAAUUUAUAUUAAACAGAUGUGAUAAAAUCUACUCUAAUUAGGUUUGAGUCUUUAUCCUGAUCUACUCAAAAGUGUACAGAAACCCUCCAGCCCACACUUGAGAUAUUGAAGACUUUAAUUAAAGAAAAAGUAAAAGGAAACAUCAUUGUUAUAAACAGGGACAAUGGUAUAUAACCUCUUGUUGAUUUAUUAGCAAAAACAGUUAAAAUAGAAUGUCCCCUAUUGUAAUUAUAUUACUAUAUUAUUAUCAGAGCAUGUGUUGGGAUGAAUGAAUGGUCUUACACAAAGUAGAAGUGUAAGUGAAAUGAAUGGCAUUUGUAGUGCAAUUUGAUAUAUUUUAAUAAUUUAUUUAGUGUUUACAUAUGCCUUAGUAUGAAUGGAUUAGAAAUAAAAUAUAUCCACCCAA